AUGACAACUAAAAUUGAUUCACAAUUAAAAAAUAUUAUUAAACAAUCUAAAAGUAAAAAAGAACUUGUAAAAAAACUAUCACAAGAUGAUCCUGAAUUUCUUAUAAAAUAUUUUGAUAAUAUUGAGCGGGUUGCAGAGAUUAUUUAUAAUGAUAAAAAGGGAGGUAUAAAACGAAAAAAACAAAAUAUAUCUUCAUCUAGUGAGGAUGAUUCUACUACUGAAGAAGAUCAACCUCCUUUAAAAAAAACAAGAAAACCAAAUAUUUAUAGUGAAUUUGUUAAACGUGAGAGUAAAAAUCUUGUAGAUGUUGAUAAUAAAGAUAAAUUUAAAAUUAUUGCAGAAAUGUGGAAGACUAAAAAAGAGAUUGUCCUACCUGUGGUUGUUCAAAUAGUUGAAAAAAGAAAAAAAAAGAAACAGCUAAAUUCCACUACUUCAAAAAAAGUUAAAGAUACAUAUAAAAUAGGCUUCUGUGGAGAUGAGAAAAAAUUACAAGCAUGUCAUUUCAAAAGAGCAAUUGGUGUAUCAACAGAAAAAGUUGUUUUUGGGGCAUAUACAACACCAUUUAAUAAAUUGGAAUUACAUAAUAUUUCAAUUCAUUUAAAAAUAACAACAUAUCAUAAUUCAACACGAGAAAACACAAUAAAUUUACCAACACAGAGAGGCAAUACAGUCAUUACUCCUUUAUUAAGUCCAAUGACAAUUCAAUUUCAUAUUGUAGAAAUUUGUAAUCCAGAUUUAGCAAAAAAAGAAGUUGUUAUACUUGAUGAUAUUUUACUUGAUAAAGAUCUUAAAAAAAUACAAUUUAAAAAUACUAUAAAAUCUCGUCUAAAAGAAACAUUAACUAUUGAAUGUGCAGAUUGUGAAUUUACAUUUGAUGAAAUUAUCAUAUGUUUUAAUCUUGAUAAAUUACAUGUUUGUUUAAAUUCUGCAGAAGAAGAUGAAAUGAGAAUAUUUGAUAAAGCAAAUUUUGCAUUUUUGAUGAUUGUUGAUUAUAUGAAUUGGAUGUAUCAAUUUAAACGUAAAAAUACAAAUAACAAUGAUGGUGAAAUUUAUCUAUUGAGAGAAAAUUUUAAUUUACUAAAUAGUAAUUCGGGUAUUUCAGCUUUUUUUAGUGGUGGAUAUAUCGAAUAUGCUUGGAGACCUGAUAUGAAAGAUGAACCUACUUUAAUUCUUUAUUAUUAA